CGAAUAGGUUAUCCAAAAAGGAAAUGGCGCUGGCAACUGCGACGAGCUCGGCUAAGACGGCGGCCUCCGCCGCCGCCGCCGUCAUUAUGAGAGUCAAUCCACUUCCGGCUCUCAUUUCCCGGUCACCUCUUUCAAUCCGCUGCUCUCUGGCGCGGAUUCACGUCCCGCCACUGACUACAACUUCCGUCGCUAAAUCCAUGGCGCCACAACAAUCAUCAAUCUCCCGCGGAAUUUCUCCCUUCGUAUCUUUCUGCACGGCGGCGGAGGGUUCUACCACGGCUACAGCCGCCGAUGGAGGCGAGAUUCAGAAGAAAGAAGAGACGGAGGGCGGCGGAAGUGGGAGUAUAAAGGAUGUAGCUAAGCUGCUCGACUUAAGGGUCGGGAAGAUAAUCAAAGCUUGGAGACACGAGGAGGCCGAUUCGCUGUACGUGGAGGAAGUGGAUGUUGGAGAAGCUGAGCCACGCAUCAUAUGCAGCGGCCUUGUCAAGUACAUUCCCCUGCAGCAUCUCGAGGACAGAAAAGUGGUGGUGCUGGCUAAUUUGAAGCCUAGGAACAUGCGCGGGGUGAAGUCUAAUGGAAUGCUGAUGGCUGCUUCUGAUGCUGCCCAUGAGAAUGUGGAGCUGCUUGAGCCGCCGGAAGGUUCAAUCCCCGGGGAGAGGAUCUGGUUUGGCUCUGAGGAUGACAAAGAUACUCAACCUGAUGCCGCAUCUCCCAACCAGGUUCAAAAGAAAAAGAUCUGGGAAUCAGUGCAGCCUCAUCUGAAGACGAACGAUGCCGGGAUAGCUGUGCUUGGCGGAGGCGAUCAUCAUGAAAUGAGGACGUCUGCUGGUGUUGUAGUGAGCAAAUCUCUGUACAAUGCUAAUAUUUCUUGAUCAGGCUCUUGUCUUUUUUGGUGCACAUCGAAGAAUGAAAAUAAAGGUGGCAUGUAGGGAUAACAAUUUUGACCUGACCCGUUUUACCCGACCUGUUUGACCUGUUUUGGGGCGGGCAUGGGUACUCUAAUCGACUCGACCUGUCCUGACCCGCCCCAUUCUCGACCCGUUUUUGCCUAAAUUACACGUAAUUUUAGUCAAAUUACUUAGGAUUUCUCUUUUAUUACAUCAAAUCUUAGCUAUAAUAAAGACGUAAAUUAGUGAAAACCUCAAUUUCUCCAAUAAUUUAACUAUAUUUCUCAUAAUAUUGUUUGUUUCCUUGGUCUUAUAAUAAAAACAACGAAUAUUUCUAAUAUUUUUCAUAUAAAUUGCAUACCCAUUGGGUCGACCUGCCCUGACCCGUGAUAAAUUACCCGACCUGUACCCGACCUGCCACGGCGCGGGUCUGGGUACCAAGAAACCCGCCCCGGACCUGCCCCAUUGCCAUUCCUAGUGGCAUGAGUACCGAACCGAAAUCGAUAAUUUUUUUCUUUGUUAUGUUGCGAAUUCAUUGAGAGCCGAGCCGAAUUAUAUUCAAUCCAGUUUGAUUAGUGUACCCAACAGCUAACGCUGCAACCCUGACCGUAGCUGUAUCCCAAUUCUUAUAUUCGCAAAAAUCAAAUUAAUUCUGCUUAACAGACAAAGAGACAAUAAUUGAUCAAAGCAAAAUACAAGUAUAGUAUACUCCAGAUAAUCUACCCGUUAGACGUGUUUGAAUGAGCUCCGACCAAUCUCAAUGAUCAAUCAUUAUUUUUUGUUCAACUCAACUUCGGGUCCGGGUUUAGAGAAAUAGUAUCCACGAUUUAGCCAUUUGAUAUUAGGAUACAGUAUCGUGCCGGUAACGUGCCGGUAACUCGAUAUAAUUCAUGAUCUAGGUAGAAAACUAGAAAUAUCUCAAGAGUCAGACCAAUAAGUAUAAGUACAUAUAUAUAUAUAUAUAUAUAUAUAUAUAUAUAUAACUGCCAAAUAGAAGCAUAUUUUACUAUUCUAUCGGCUCUUGUAGAUUUGGUAGUUUGGCUCUGCUUUAGUUGUGUGUUAUAUAUUCUGAAUCUAUAGCCCUCGACGCCAACGCCACCUACGGUUUUAGCUUCGGCCAGAACUUGGUCGGCGGGGGGGGCGUAUUUCUGGUGCAACGCUGCGUUUCGUGAUCGGCGGCUCUCUUUCGCCGCGUUCGACGAGGCCGAUCACGUCACGUUCGUUAAGGAGUUCGACGUGUCGGAUGAUGGAGUUGAUGGGGUUGACAUUUAUAGCGGAGAUCGAGUUCACGUCUGUAAUUGGAACCGAUGAUCAUUGGGCUGGGGCCGGCCUUGACGCUAAACUACGUACUUAGUUAAUGUACGUGAUAAGGCGUUAGGCGUCGACUGGCGUUGAGACCUAAUGUUUAGUUUGUCUAUGUGUUGUAUAAGCGUUGUAUUUAGACAUGAAAAAAGCAAGAAUAUCAAUUUGUAGUAAGUGAUGAAUGGAAUAAACAAUUUACUUCAUCUUUUUAUUUAAAUUUAAACAAGGAGUUAAAUAAUUAAUCUAACGGUCAUGAUUGACGAGCAGGAUAAAGGCAAACAAAAGGUAAGCACAGAUUCGACGUAAAUAUGUCUAUACUGAAUUACAAAAUCACGGAUUGUCGGAUUCUGCCUAAGACUAUUCCUCAUCGUUGAUUAACUCUAUUAAGCAAUGAUCUUGUCGAAUUAUUUUUUCCGAGUUCAUUUUUGGACGAUUCUAAAGAGGUACCCCUUUAGAAUCUGCCAAAAAUUGACCCGGAAUAAAUCCGCCCAAAUUGGUGCUUAAUGGACUUAAUAAUCAUUGAUGGAUAGCUUCAGACCAAAUCCGGGACCUGUAGCCUUCAAAAUUCAAAGAAAAUGGCAUUUCGCCGCCCAAAAAAUUACGAAAAUUUCAUCCUCACUUAUCAUACAUGGAGAAUAGGAUCAAUAGACUUCAUUAUCGGUGGAGAAUAGCCUCGGCCUGAUUCAGUGAUUUAUAGCCUCCAAAAUCGAAAGAAAAUGACAUUUCGGAAAAAUCGCCCGAAAUCUAUGAUGGUACGUACCCCUUUGGAAUCUGCCCAAAAUUGACGUGGAAUAAAUUCACCCAAAUCGGUGCUUAAUGGACUAAAUCAUCUUUGAAGAAUAGCCUUAUGCCGAAUUCGUGACCUGUAGCCUUCAAAAUCCAAAGAAAAUGGCAUUCCGUCGCCCAAAAUAUUGCUAAAAUGUCAUACUAAAAUGGCAUUUUCUUUGGAUAUUGAAGGCUACAGAUCACGGAUUCGGCCUGAGGCUAUUCUCCAACGAUGAUUGAGUCCAUUAAGCACCGAUUUGGGCGGAUUUAUUCCGGGUCAAUUUUUGGCAGAUUCCAAAGGGGUACCAUCACAGAUUUCGGGCGAUUUAUCCAAAAUGCCAUUUUCUUUCGAUUAUGGAGGCUACAGAUCACGGAAUCAGGCCGAGGCUAUUCUCCACCGAUAAUGAAGUCUAUUGAUUCUAUUCUCCACGGAUGAUAAGUCCGUUAAACAUCGAUUUGGUCCAAUUUAUUUUCGGAUGGCGUUUUCGUAAUUUCUUGGGCGACGAAAUGCCAUUUUCUUUGGAUAUUGAAGGCUACAGAUCACGGAUUCGGCCUGAGGCUAUUCUCCAACGAUGAUUGAGUGCAUUAAGCACUGAUUUGGGCGGAUUUAUUCUGGGUCAAAUUUUGGCAGAUUCCAAGGGGGCACCAUCACAGAUUUCGGAGGAUUUCUCCGAAAUGCCAUUUUCUUUCGUCUGGAGGCUACAGAUCACGGAAUCAGGCCGAGGCUAUUCUCCACCGAUAAUGAAGUAUAUUAAUCCAAUUCUCCAUGGAUGAUAAGUCCUUUAAGCAUCGAUUUGGGCCAACUUAUUUACGAAUGGCAUUUUCGUAAUUUCUUGGGCGAUGAAAGACCAUUUUCUUUGGAUAUUGAAGGCUACAGAUCACGGAUUUGGCCUGAGGCUAUUCUCCAAUGAUGAUUGAGUCCAUUAAGCACCGAUUUGGGCGGAUUUAUUCCGGGUCAAUUUUUGGCAGAUUCCAAAGGGGUACCAUCACAGAUUUCUGGCGAUUUAUCCGAAAUGCCAUUUUCUUUCGAUUCUGGCUGCUACAGAUCACGGAAUCAGGCCGAGGCUAUUCUCCACCAAUAAUGAAGUCUAUUGAUCCUA